AUGGAUUUGGACAACGUCCAACCACACGAAAUCGUCUUCACAGACCACCUGUUUAACUCUGAGUUUUCUGAGAUUUUUAUCGUUGUUGUUCGUAACCAGACAUGCGUCAUGAAAGUGCAUCACGGACGGGGACCGCGGCAAUACUACGAACCCAAAGAUCGUGAGUUAGAUAUCCACGUGCUUGAGGCCACGGCCUAUCGUCGCCUGAACGAACAAGGAUUAUGCGACAGGGGGAUCGUCCCUCGUUUCUUUGGUUCCAUGAACAAGUUUGAUCCAAAAAAGCUUCAGCCAUAUUUGAGACAUUUUCUCAAUGAUGAAUACUUGCCAAGCGCACUCUUUCUAGAAUACAUUCCAAAUAUCGAAAUUCUCCAUUUACACAACUACACGGAAAAGCGAAUGGACAACCUUGUUACGGGCAUCCGGGAAAUACACAAAGCACUUGUACGGCACGGCGAUGUCAAACCGAGAAACAUGAUGGUCGUCAAGGACGACCCAGAAAGGGUUGUCUGGAUAGAUUUUAAUCGAGCAGAGACUUAUGAUCGAGAUAAAAUUACGGAUAGACAAAAGGGAUUCUUGGAAGAAGAAGAGGAGCUUGUCGUUGAAACCAGACCCCUUCUACAAGCCGAUGUUAAGGAAGGAAGGCUGAACGAGGCAUACAUUCUUUUACUGUACUUGACAACGUUCCUUGGCAAUGGAUUAAUGGCAAGUUUUAAUCUUUGA